AAGCUAUUUAAUUUUAUUAGUUAUUAGACAAAGAAAACAAUGAAGAGUACAGUAGGGCUGCUAAUUUUGUUUGUUUCUGUAACGAGCGGGAUUCUGUUAGAAAGCGGCAACAGAAAUGUGACAAAAGUUUUAAAAGUGACAAACGGGGGACAGUAUGGGUAUUGGUCAGCUGCGGAAUAUUGUCCACCGGGAACGUUUGCAUCAGGUUUCAGUAUGAAGAACGAGGCUGACCAGUUUAACGGAGACGACACGGCUCUUAAUGCUAUCAAGCUAACGUGUACCGAUACUUCAGGACAUGCGCAGUUAGGUUACCAAGUAACUUCCGGUGAAGGACCGUUUGGUUCCUGGUCGAAGGAAGAAAAGUGCCAGCAGCAAUCUGGCAUGCAUAAUUUCCUUGUAGGAUUCUCUCUACAAGUUGAGGGACCGCAAGGCAACGGUGACGAUACGUCAGCAAACUACAUUAAAUUUCGGUGCCGUAACUAUGACGAUAACAGUUCCGGGUCGGAACUUAAUCACCCUCCUGGAAACGGUAUCUGGGGAAGUUAUGGGGCCUGGAGCGAUACGUGUGGUAGAAAUUCAGCUAUAUGUGGGUUGGCCACGAAAGUUGAGUCACAACAAGGAGGCGGUGACGACACUGGAUUAAAUGACGUCAUCUUCUAUUGCUGUAGCGACAGUGCCUCUGGUUCCCCUCUCGGAUAAAGAGCCGUACGAAAAUCAGGAAGUUUCUCAUCUUUUUUUUUUGUAAUCAAAGUGAAUAAAACCUGCAUAAACAAU